GCUGUCAUCGUCUCUCGGUUCCUCCGUUGAGUUGUGUAAAUAUUUUCAAGAUGGACGGUCGCGUAUUUCCGUGGCUCUGCUGCUACUGGCGAAUGCAAAUCUAAAUUCUAGUGUUUUUUAUGUGUGUGAUGUGGUUUUUUAAUUGAUGUUCUGCCGAGAAGAACUCAGUGAAGUGUUUUUUAAACGAGAAUCGAAACAAAACUUGCGUGAAUUUUGUCGUGUUGAACCGAAGUAGGUAGGUGUGAAUGUCCGCGAUUGACAACCAUCAUCAUCAAAGAAAAAAUUGCCGCAGUGUUCCUACGCAACAAGGGGAAAAUUCGGCUGUAAAAUUUGGAUUUUCACUGGUGGACGGAAAUCAAUUCAAUUCAAAGCCAUCCAAUUGGGUGAUGUUCGUAGAAGUGUGACGAAUUUAUCGGAUUGCAUUCUGUUCUUUUUCUGUGAUCAAUAUUCUACAAUGCCCAGUCCUAAUUCUUGCUCUGUUUGGUGAAUUUUCGUGAAAAACAAAGGCAGUUCCUUCGGAACAGAUGUUUGUGAAGAAGAAAUUAAAACGGAUGAGUGCUCUGAGAAGUGGAAUUUAAAAUUAACACCCAAUCAUCGCGAAAGAAAUGGCCCCAGUGGUGUUCGAUCGGUUGCAAAUCUCGCCCGGGGUAUAAGCCGAGAACGGCAGUCACCGAGUGAAAGUGGAGAAAAGUUUCAGUUUCACACAUUCAGCCACAGAACGUUUCUACUUCUGAUACGAGUGGAACUUGGGGCCGGAAAAUAGGUGUGUGCUGCUAGAGUGCGUAUUGUGGGGAAAAUUUUCACUCUGCGGAUGGAUGCGAUGGAUGUUUCUCCUGCUCGGUAAAAAUAGACGCCCCACGAGAGGUGAAGUGGCGCAGUGAAGUGAAGUGAGCGAGGAGCGGCAGGAAAUUCUGGCCUUUCUGGUGCGUGUUGAUUGCUGGAUGAUUGGGGAAGCAUUGUUGGGAGCUAAGCUAAGCUGUCUUUCCGAUUUGCAGCGACUUAUACUCGGGAACUAACCCGUAUUCUACUAGUUUAGUGAGUUUGGGGAGCUGAAAGGAAAUUUUCACUUUGGGUGCGCCUCUGGGUGGAAGUUGUGAUACGCAGUAAAGCCAAGAUUUUCGGAUUAGAUCGGAACCUGCAUGUUGGUGUGAUCGUCUUGUUAGUUUUGUAGCGAAGAGUCAAGUGGCAACCAGCGGGAGAACAUACAAAUCUACAAGAAUUGGAGAAGUGCAAUUGAUUGGAGCAAUAAAAGACCGAACCGGCAGCAAUGAUGUGUCACUUGAGCCCGAGCAGUGACACAAACCCAGCCGGAAAUCCAGAUGACUGGCCGGCUGUCGUUUAGAAAGCUACACCCAUUCCAAACCACAAUCUUCCUGCAAAGUCUUUCGCCGGUUAAGGGAGGCUACCCCCAUUUCCAUAGUCUCAAGCCGUAUCAGUAGUGCAGCGUGAAAAUGAUGAGUCACUCCAGCAAACACACUUCUGCUGCGUCGUCGACAACUAGUGGUGUAACAUUGGCCGCCAACAACCAGGAACCCGUCCUUGUCGCCAAAAUGUCUGAAAAAGUUCGCACCGUCAGUGACAGCGAGUCGGAAAUCAACUACGAUUUGUUCAGCACCAGUGUAACGUCGGAUGGCGGCGGAGCUGGCUUAUCGUCGGUGAUGAACACAUCGCAAAUUUCCAAUACUUCCACCGAUUCGACGCACAUCAAGAGUGCCAACCUGACGCGGUCGCAGAACAUCGGAGGGUCCUGUCGGUUUCCCAAGCUAGAAGAAUGCGCCCACUUCCAUUACGAGCGGGUUCAGCUGGGCAAGCUGUCCAUUCGGUUGGUGUCGGACGAGAAGACCGAUUCCCAGCUGCAAGGACAAAGCGGCCAGUCUUCCCUGCUGACGAGCACCGACCUUAGUAGUUCGCAAACCAGUAACGCUCCCAAUGGGGUCACCAAUCUGCUGGGCGGGAAAAAUAAUUGGUUCAUUCUCCGGAUUACUGCUGGCCGGUCGGAUUCGUUCCUGAUAAAGCGAUCCUUCGAGAACAUGCGCUUCCUAGAUGAGAUGCUGCACCGGUGUGUGUACGAUCGACGGGUGAGUGAGUUGGAAGAUUUGAAAGAGAUGGACAUCUCGGACAAGGCUGAUGACGAACUGGAGACAAUCGUCGGAGUUUACUUGAAUCGGCUAUCAGCGAUUGCUUCCGAUGCCAUGACAUGUGGCCCAGUAUUGACAUGGCUGCAGAUCGAUAAUAAGGGCAGGCGGUUACCGGUAGCUGAUGAGGAGACUAUGAAAAGUAUCAACACUCCGGCCGUUGGAGCAGCCUACGGUGUGCGAAGGUAUGUUGCGCAAGCAUGUGACGAGAUUUCGAUCGAGGUCGGAGAUAUGAUUUCCGUUAUCGAUAUGCCCAGCCCUGCAGAGUCAAUCUGGUGGCGUGGAAAGAAAAGUCAUCUGCAAAAGAACCAAUACGAAGUAGGAUUCUUUCCACAAAGCUGCGUAGCCACAAUUGGAGAUAAAGUUCCCCGGCACAUGCCUUUCCCAGCUCCUCUGGUUGGUUCCCUAGCUGUGUCGCCGACCAAACCGGUUCUAAGGAAACAUGGCAAACUAAUAGCGUUCUUCCGAAGCUUUAUCCUAUCGCGGCCUUCCCGGCGAAGACUGAAACAGAGUGGUAUCUACAAAGAGCGUGUGUUUUCCUGUGAUCUUGGCGAGCAUUUGCUCAACAGUGGACAAGACAUUCCAAUGGUCCUGAAAUGUUGUGCUGAAUUCAUCGAAGAGUACGGAAUUGUGGAUGGAAUUUACCGACUAUCGGGCAUUACCUCCAAUAUACAGAAACUUAGACGUGCCUUCGACGAAGAACGGAUCCCGGAUCUAACGCACCCGGAGAUCAAACAGGACAUUCAUGCUGUGAGUUCCUUACUGAAAAUGUACUUCCGAGAACUGCCAAAUCCGCUUUGUACAUACCAGCUGUACGAUCACUUUGUAGACGCCAUCCAGACUCGUCUCGAUGCUCCAACCGAUCUCAAACUCCGCCUGAUCCGGCAAACUGUUCAGAAGCUGCCACCUCCGCACUACCGAACGCUGAAGUAUCUAGCAACGCAUCUGUUGAAAAUCUCCCGGCAUUCGACUAGUACAGGUAUGACUGAGCGAAACAUAGCAAUCGUGUGGGCUCCAAAUCUUCUUCGGUCGCCUGCUCUGGAAUCGGGAGGAGUUGCGGCGCUUCGCGGCGUAGGAGUUCAAGCCGUAGUCACCGAGUAUCUAAUUAGCAACUGUGAACAGAUAUUCGACGACAGUGGGGAUGAUUUUGGCAGUCACUACAUUGAAUCCCAACCCAAUUCUCUGAGCGAUUCCAACAGUUUGCAGAUUCAUAGUGGUUUGGAUCAGGAUCUGUCACUGUCGAUGGAACGGCCGAAGAGUUUAAGCGUCGGAGGCGCUAAAUUGCUCAGUCUGGAGGAAGCUCGCAUCCGUCGGAACUGCAUGGAAAAUUCCGAGAAGACAAUUCCAAUCAAUAUAAUAAAUCCAUCGACGCACAUUGGUUCAUACAUCGAAGUUGGAGGUGGGCCAUCCAGUCUACCUGAUAAGUACCACACGGUACUACCAGUCCCGAGCUGGAAUAAGCGAAAAUCCCAUUCGUCGUGGAAGUCUAUUUUUACGCGGCAACCACGGCAAUCGAACAGCAAUCAGGAUAUAAAGGAGUAUAGCAAUCCAACUACGCCAACCAACAAGGAACCACCUGUGAUUGUGACCAAUGGGCGAACGUUGAAUGAGGAACGAUCUGCGAAGCUUGACCAGAACGGCGCCAUUAAGGAAAGCAACAGUGGUUUGCUUCAAGAUAAGAUGACCAAGAGUGUUGAUAUAUUUGAUGGAAAAUCGCUUACCAUCGAGUCGUGCGCCCGGUCCAAUUCAGUCGACAGUUUACGAACUACUGGUCACAGUCGAUCGGUUUCACAUGAUUCGUACUUCGAUCUGCUACAGUCACCUCUGAGAGGGGGUGUAGUGACAUGUCCCAGUCGGGAACUGUCUGAACUGGGAUUGAACUUUGAUCGCGAGGAGCCAGAAAUGAGGAUUUUCUCCGAGAGCGAGAGCUUAGUUAGUAGUCCUAAGGUGGCUAAAGAGUCUAUUCGACGUACGCUGAGAGCCAGGCCCGAAGAGUAUACCAGUGGAGGAAAUAGUGUGAAUCCUAGUCCCAAGAAGCAGCCUCGGUUGAAUAUUCAGAGUCCGCAGGAUCCCAACAAGCCUCAAUGGAUGGUAGCAUCAACCGGGUCAGGCUCCCUCAACCCAGAUGAAAGUCUUUGCAAACGCUACAAGCUGGAAGAUCAGUUGAGUGAUAUCCAGUUCAUUGAUUGCAACACUCCGGAGCAUAACGUUUCUAGCGGAGGAUCUUCACUAAAUAGUAACACGAUUUUCACAAGUGCUCAAGUACACAAACCCCCACUGCCAGAGGACUCCGAUGAUGAACAUGAACUGAUUGGAAUUAGGAAUUCCUAUCCGGGACCGCAGUAUAGCUAUGUGAAGUACGAUUCACCCAUCAAAGAGACCCGGUUCAGCUAUCCGGGAAUGAGUGCCAAAAAUAAGGAGAGCAGCAAUGUUUCAAAAGAGCAAGAGAUGAGUGUGGAUGAGCAUCAAACCCAUGUGCACAAAAAUGGAUCAUCAUUGUAUGAGAGUUUCAUUAUGUCCAACCAAGCGUCGUCAAAGCCGCCAAAGUACCCAGGUCGUUACAGCUACUACCAAGCCGAAUCUGGUGUAACCGGAAGCAACGACGAAGGAAGGGAUGAUGAUCUACAGGUCGUUCCCAGAAGUUGUUCGGAGAAUGUGAUAAGGAAAAGUGAAACUCAUAAGAGUAAGCUGAGUGUGAUGACACCGCAGUCACCUGUACAAAGUCCAUGCUACUCGUUGCUGGUGGGAUCGACGACGAGCUCCGAUAAUAGUAGCAAUAUGACCACACCUGUGUAUGACAUGGAUGUGGCGUCCGUUAUUGGUCAGCAGCAGCAACUAGAGCAACAGCCAUUAGAGAAAACCAAAGAUGAUAUUGAACCACGAGAUAUUAAAGCACUAAAGCGUGAGCUGUCGUUGGAUCUUAGCGAAGACGGGGCCAAAAACGGCUCGGGAAAACAGUUGACAACGAAGAAAAAUUCUUCCCCAAAUACUCCCUCUCAUUUUGCAUCAGACAAUACGACCAAUACGACUACAACUACCACUAGUCAAUCGAUGACGCCAAGUGAGUUUUGCUAUCAGAAUCUAAAUCCAGAAUUAUCUCCAGGAGAGCUUGCAACUUUCGCACAAAAGGUUGUACCAGGUAACAAGCCGGGUACUCCUAUCAAAGCGACCAUCAACAUAACGUAUAACGUGAGAUCUCCUGUUAGAAAAGAGCAAGAAGAUAGUAUCUUCAGAUCGUCACCAACGAACUCCUGUGAUUCAGUCACUCCCACGUCUUCGAAAAAGAUGGAACAGGUAAAAUCAUCUGAUACUGAAUUGCUAGAGGAAGAAGAAUACCAACGCGAGCGAAGAAGUAUUUAUGAAAAUGUCCUAGUAACAGAACCUGAACCACAGGCUGGCAAAGACACUAAAAGACUUUUGGAGACUAAUUUCGAUGAAACAAUGGUGUACGAACAGGUCAAAUUUUAUAAAAAUGCCGUGUCGCAAGUGAAUGAAUUGUUGGGUGGAGAAACUGAGGGAACUCAGAAAUUGCUCACAGAUAAGUUAUCACCCCCUAAGUUGGUGGAUCUCUCAAUUAGCGAGGAUGAAGCGAAAGUACCUGAAACAGACUCAUUAGAGCAAAGAUCAAAAGUCAAGCUGAAAAUCAAAGAAGAUGAAGAGGAGGAGGAAGAUGAGGAAGAAAAUACAGAUGGUAUCAAUAACAACAAACGAGACUCCCGAGUCGGUACGGAUUCUUCGCAAUCAGAGAUCAAGGAGAAAGUGGAUUUUGCCAUGACUAGUAAGAGCGAAGAAGAAAGCGACGAUGUCCCCAUGUCAGACGUUAACGAUGAUAGUCUGGAAUUUGACAAUACGGAUGUGUCUUUGUAUGAAAACGUCGAGCUUCGGAAAAAGCCGUUCGCUCCUGUCUAUGAAAAUAUGAUUCCAGGUCCAAUAGUACCAGCCACAUCAACGCUCAAAUCUAUAACAGACGACGAAUUUUCUUCUUUUUGUGCAGAUCGUAGCGAUUUGGACAACGAGAUGGAAUAUCGGAUCGAAAUUCCCCCCAAGAUCGAACUAAAACCAACCAUUAACAACAUCAGCGUGAAAAUGUUGGCCACGAAGUUCGAAACUAGUCCUGUAGAUGUUAAUCCACCAUUUGACUUCCAUCACCAAUCAAAAAUAAAUAACAACCGAGGGAGCACAGGUCCUGUUGUAACAAUUCGUAACAAAUCAGCAAAGGACUAUCAAAAUCUCACCAACAUCACGCGAAGUUUAGACGAGAAUGCGUUUGUCCGGGAAUUUGGCAGUGCUCGAAAGUUAGAAAGCUUCAACAAAAGCAUCCAACAGAUCCCGGAAGUCGAUAAUAUUCUCAACGAGAAUAAUCCGAAUAGACGCAAGUCGUUAGAUUUUACUAGACCAAAGAGCCUGAAUCCACCGAAGAAACUCCCCACGUUGGUAAGAGAAGGCAUUGAAAAUCAUAAAGACGCUGCACACACGCCGCACGACUGCUGCCGCCAGCAACAUCAACAGCAAAAGGCUUCACCGCCUUCGGAUCUUAAACUGGACCUGUCGACCAAGAUCGAAGACACCAAAGAAGCCCGAGCCUACAACGUUCGUAUCACACCGACCACUGAAAACCGAAUCUCACUAGUUCAAUACAACUAUGAUAACCGGCUCAACCGUAAAGAUAAUCAACAGCAGCAACACGAGGAAGAUCGCAACAGUAUAACGAGCAUUUCUAGUCUGAAGAUGUUGGGCAGCUGUAAACUGGAUCGAAGUCGAAUCGAGAAAAUCAAAGAAGAACGUCGCCAUCAACUUAGCGAAAAGUACCGGUCGGAAUCCUUCAAAGGUGAACGUGGUGACUACAGCAAACUGAAGUCCAAAUCCAAAUCAGAACUACGAGAUCUUCAAGAUUCGGACACGAUUGACCCUGGCAAAAAGUACGACUCGCUACGUUUUCGGUCCAAGUCUCGCGUCGAACUAUCCGAUCAGCCAUAUAACCUUGACCACAAUCUGUCCACAGCCGUCUCGUUGAACACUGUGGCUUCGUCGAUGAUGAUCCCCGCAGGCCGUACGCGUCGAAUAAGCGACGAAAAGAAUCAAAACGAUUGUAUUGCUUCGUCUUCCCCGCCCCGCACUGGAAGCAGCAACAUUCCACCCGAUGCCAGCAUAUCGCAGGUUUGUGAUAGCAAAUUUGAGCUGAAAACUCGCCAAAAGUUCGACAAACGGGGAAGCACCAGCAGCGUGACGGAUUAUCCGGUGACGGUACCGAUGGGUGGGAUCCGGGAGCGGGACAGUUUCAACGGUGGAUCGACCAAGAACUUUGUUCGUAACGGUUCCAGCGGAGCACAGCGUGAUCGAUUUUCUCCGCAAAUUUCCAUCAAGGACGUCGCUGCCAUGUUUGAGUCGCGGUCGCAGAACCAAUCGUAAUUUGAAACGCGUUCUUCGCUUCUGCCCUAUGGAUCACACUGUGGGAAGCCUGCGCCCUUCCGUGAUGAAUUGUUGGAAACGUUCAGUUUUUGGAAUCAUGUGUAACUCUAGACCUAACUACGCCUUCGUGUUCUAUUUGACCAAAAUUUAUGCAUUGCAAAUAAAAAUGACUGUUUGUUUUAAAAUUUGUAUGAAAGUAGAAAAACUAUGACAAGAAUCAAACACAGCUGGAAAAAAAAUCGCAUUGAUAUUAACAAUUUCUUACAAGAAGCUAUUACCUACAGCUAAUUAUGCUACGCUGUCUCUAUUGUACGAAUAACCGAAACUACGUAGAUCAAUACAACUCACAUAUAAACGUACACAAACUUAUCUAGUUUAUUUAUAAAGCAAAACACUUACUCAAAAUUUAUGAGAACAUAUUUUUUGUAAAUGAAAAAAAAUGACUAAAAAUGAAUAAGUAGAGACUCGACAAGAACAAACAAAGUAGCUAUAAUAUUUGUAAAACAAACUGCUUCUACUACUGCAAAAAGGGAAACAAAAAGUUGCAUUUAUGCACAACUCACUUACCGAAGCUGUAUUGUAUAACGAUACAGUUUUCCUACACACUAGCUCUUGUUAGGAACUAUCAAAAGCUCUUUAUAACUUCCAAAAUCUUCUUGUUCGAAGCUAUGUUUGAUGAUUCAAACAUGAACAGGACGCUAAACUAAAAAAAAAGCAACUGUAAGGAUAGAGGUCGAAUUGAUAGAAUAUACUUAUAUACAAACAAAGAAAACUAAGGAUAUUAAACAAGUAGAAGUUUGAGAUCUGACAAUUCUUAGAAGAAAACGUCAAAAGUGUAAAUUAUAUUUGCUGAGUUGAAGAAUGAGUUCAAUUAGUAGAUGAUUUGUAGAUGCCGUGACUAACGAUAUUUGUUUUGUAUUGUACAUAUGAAAUUUUGAGUCUAAGAGGGAUAGAAAGUUGCUUACAUCACAUCUUUUUAUUAGGUAGAUUUAUGUUCAUCGUUUUUUUUUUUUAUGAAUGUUAGCUUUGUAAAACAGUUUGGCUUCGUUUACAAAACGGAUUGUAAUUAUCCAUUCUGAUACUGUUUUGUUUAGUUUUUGUUUAACGAUUCGACCAGCGAGAAUAAAUUUGUUUUGUUUUAGAGAAUCUUGUUUCAGCCUGAAUGGAGUGGUUAACGUGAGAAAAUUUAAGCAGAAUUGCAGGAGAUAUUUUACAAUAUGAGCACGAACAGAUUUCAGAAAACGAAUUGCAGCCAAAACUUCAAAUAAUGUAAACCGAGUUGAUACACCGAUUCAGACAAUAAAUCAAUGGCAAAUUGCAAAUAAACGUAAAUCGAUAGACACAUUUUUCAAUGAAAGCUUCACAAUAGUUUCUGCUGUAAAUUGAUUUAUCCAACGACUUUCGCUCCACACUAGCAUUGAACCUUUUUUGUAAAUAUACAUUCAUUUUACAAUCCAUUGAUUCAAAUGAUCGAAUAUGUAAAACAUGCGGACGAAUGUUAGAUUCUUUGUAAAUAUAUCGAUUGCGUAAAAUACUUCAUUACUGAUAGGAUAGUGAAAUGUCACACAAGAAACUGAAAAUGCAAAUGUUGCAUUGCAUUGACUACGAAAAAGAAAGGAUUAUAAAACUCUGAACACAUGCUAAUCGCUAAAUAACACACAGUCAAAAGUCACAUAGAAUCUUACUAACUUGGUAUUAACAUGAACGCUUUGAUAUUGAAGACAGCAGAGCAGCAACUAUAGGAAUAUUCAGAACUUGAAAUGCAUCUUUUUUUGCUAAGCACACACUAUCCGAUCUAUGAACAAAAAAAUGUUCCAACACUAAACAACACUGUAAUGGGAAUAAUGAAGAAGGCAACUGAAUACAAAUAAAUUCUUUCCUUGAAAAUACGUUGAA